AAUUAACACGCGUCUUCUUCCAGAUUUGUGCGAAAGCUGCUGUCUCUUGUGCUUUGUAAAUUCCAAUAAUAACAUAUAAUACAUAAUGUUGCGGGUUUUGAGGAAGAGCGCAUUGUUGCGUGCAGAAUGCAAAAAUUUGGCCGCUGCUGCUGCCUACUCGGCAAUGCCACAGCCACAGACAACUCCAGAUGUGCUCUACACUGGCCUGUUCAUCAACAAUGAGUGGCACAAGAGCAAAACAGGCAAAACCUUUGGCACCAUCAACCCAACCACCGAACAGAAAAUAGCCGAGAUUCAAGCCGGCGGCAAGGAGGACAUUGACAUAGCCGUUAAGGCAGCUCGCCAGGCAUUCAAACUGGGCUCGCCCUGGCGUCGCAUGGAUGCUUCGGAUCGUGGUCGUCUGCUCUACCGUCUCGCUGAUCUGAUAGAGCGUGACCAGGUCUAUCUAGCUAGUCUGGAAACCCUGGACAAUGGCAAGCCCUAUAGCAUGGCCUACAAUGUGGAUUUGCCCACGGCCAUUAAGAAUCUGCGCUACUUUGCCGGCUGGGCGGACAAGAAUCAUGGCAAAACGAUUCCCAUGGACGGUGAUUUCUUCACCUACACACGCCACGAGCCUGUCGGCGUCUGCGGCCAAAUUAUACCCUGGAACUUCCCUAUUUUAAUGAUGGCCUGGAAACUAGGUCCCGCCUUGGCCACCGGCAACACAAUUGUGCUGAAGCCCGCCGAGCAAACCAGUCUUACGGCCCUGUACAUCGCACAGCUGGUUAAGGAAGCUGGCUUCCCCGAGGGUGUUGUGAAUGUGGUGCCCGGUUUUGGUGACGCUGGCGCCGCUUUGGCCAAUCACAGUGAUGUCGAUAAGGUCGCCUUCACGGGCUCCACAGACGUGGGCAAGCUGAUUCAGCUGGCCUCGGGCAACACCAAUCUGAAGCGUGUUACCCUCGAGCUGGGCGGCAAAUCGCCCAACAUUAUUCUGGCCGACUCGGACUUGGACUAUGCCGUGGAGACGGCGCAUUUUGGACUCUUCUUCAAUAUGGGUCAGUGCUGCUGUGCCGGCUCGCGCACCUUUGUCGAGGACAAGAUCUACGACGAGUUUGUGGAACGCAGUGCGGAGCGUGCCAAGAAGCGCACCGUGGGCAACCCCUUCGACUUGAGCACCGAACAGGGUCCGCAGGUCAAUCAGGAGCAAAUGGAAAAGAUUCUUGGUCUCAUACAGACUGGCAAACAGCAGGGCGCCAAGCUGGUAGCCGGCGGUAACCGACCCCAGGGUCUGCCCGGCUACUUUGUGCAACCCACGGUCUUUGCCGAUGUCCAGGACAACAUGACCAUUGCGCGCGAGGAGAUUUUUGGUCCCGUACAGCAGCUUAUCCGCUUCAAGAAACUUGACGAAGUCAUCGAGCGUGCCAAUAACUCCGACUACGGCCUGGCCGCAGCCGUCUUUACCAAGGAUCUGGACAAGGCCAACUAUAUUGUGGGCGGUCUGCGCGCCGGAACCGUCUGGGUCAAUACCUACAACGCCCUGGCCGCUCAGGCUCCCUUCGGUGGCUACAAGAUGUCCGGUCAUGGACGUGAGAACGGCGAAUAUGCGCUCUCCAACUACACGGAAGUCAAGAGCGUGAUUGUGAAGGUGCCACAGAAAAACUCCUAAACGCAUUUCCGUAGUGGAAAACUGGUCAAUUUAGUCUGGCAAAUUGGAAAUUGAUUUUCUCUAAGCUUAACGCGCACAUUUACUCGUCAAUUGGAUUGCUGUGUAUUUUCCAUUUGAUAUAUUUUUACUAAGCAAAAAAAAAAAUACUGAAAUA